GUCGGAACUUGGCCGAGCAGAGGAAGGCGUUCAUCAAAGAGACGCGGGACAUGGAAGAUCUUAGCUUUUGGGGCGCGCAGGGCAUUCCUGGCUUUGCGGCCCACUUGAAAGCUCGCUUUGGCUCCGUAUUGGCGGGCUGGCGGAUCUUAGACUCCGCGAAGAAGGGGCGAAUGUCCUUUCACCCGUUCUGUAAGGCCGCCAGAAAAUGCGGCUACCAUGGCAACGUGAAAAAGCUUUGGGAAGAGCUUGAUGCAACCAACAAGGGCUUUAUCACUCUCGCUGAUAUUGAUCCCGACGUCUGGAACAUGGUGAGCGCCUUCAAGGUUGAGCUGAUGCAGAGGUACGGGGACAUGCUUCUUGCAUGGCAGGAAUGCAUCGAUGUGCAUGGCGCAGGGAAGGUGUCCGAGAAGGAGAUCGGUGAAAGCCUCCACGAGCUCGGUCUGGAAAUGGAUGCCAGGCAGCUGCUCAAGAUGUUCAUAAGUAUGCCUGGGGCGACUCACAUCACCCUGAAGGACUUCGACCCAAGGGCCUAUCACAGGUGGCAGACGUCUGCGCUUCCUUCUCUCUCCCAAGGAGAUGAGAGUACCGAAGCUGCAAUGACCGACGACAAGGCCCGAUCGACCAGAGCCCGCGGACGAUUGGGGGUGAGCACCAAAGAGGCCUUCCAGGCUGCAAUGAUCAGCCAGUUCGGGACCCUUUUCCGCGCCUGGCGCGAGGGGCUUGAUCCAACUGGACGUGAUCGGUUGAGCUGGGGCGAGUUCACGCACGUCUUCCGACUGCUGGGUCUGCAUGGUGACCUUCAGGCGCUUUGGGACGAACUCGACACAGAGGGCAUCGGGGUCGUGCGAUUUUCUGACAUCGACGAGGAGACUGCUUCCCUCUGGUCGGAGAUGCGAUCCUGUUUCCAGGAGGUUUAUGGGAACAUGCUGCGAGCUUGGAUGACAGGAGUGGACGUGGAGGGAAUUGGCCACGUGGAUGAGGACCAGUUUGUGGCGGCCUGCAAAAAGGCCGGUUUCCUCAAGGAAGCUGCUGCCCAGACUCUCUUCCACUUGCUGAGGCCCCCAGCCUCGGGGUCCUUCCUGAGCUUACGAGACUUCGAUCGCAAAGCCUUCAAGGCUUUCCUCUCCAACGACUUCCGGAUGCUGAGUGUCGUGGCCUAA